GUUGAUGAACGUGGUUGCCUUGGAGAACGGGGAGCUGGGGUCCCUUCUGUCACCUGGCACCGUGAGGGGCUUGGAGGAUGAAUGUGUCACAGACGUUAAGGCUCAGACCCGGGCGGCCCUGCUGCGGGUGCUGCAGGAGGAUGAGGAGCACUGGGGGAGCACGGAGGACUGGACCGGCAGCCUGGCUCAGGACGUGUGUGAGCUGCUGGAAGAGCACACAGAGCGAGCGCCCCGCAUCAGCCAGGAGUUCGGGGAGCGGAUGGCUUACUGCUGCCUGGGGGGGCUGGCAGAGUUCCUGCAGAGCUUCCAGCAGCGUGUGGAGAGAUUCCAUGAGAACCCAGGAAUCCGAGAGCUGCUACCAGACACUUACAUCAGCAGGACCAUCGUCCUGGUCAACUGUGGCCCCCCCCUGAGGGCUCUGGCAGAGCGCCUGGCCCGGGUGGGACCCCCGGAAAGUGAGCCGGCUCGGGAAGCAGCGACCAGUGCUCUGGACCGUGUGACCCGGCUCUGCCACCGUGUCCUUGCCGAUAUCCUGUUCCAGGAGCUGCAGCCGCACUUCAACAAGCUGAUGCGCAGGAAGUGGCUGAGCAGCCCCGAGGCCCUGGAUGGCAUCGUGGGCACGCUGGGCGCCCAGGCCCUGGCCCUGCGCAGGAUGCAGGACGAGCCUUACCAGGUGCGCCCACCUGGGGAGGCAGGGGGCCCCGCGGCGGGGAGGCUGCGGGAGGACGCAGCGCAGCUCCAGAGGCUGUUCAGGCGGCUGGAGUCCCAGGCCUCGUGGCUGGACGCCGUGGUGCCCCAUCUGGCUGAAGUCCUGCAGCUGGAAGACACGCCCAGCAUCCAGGUGGAGGUGGGGGUGCUGGUGCGGGACUACCCAGACAUCAGGCGGAAGCACGUAGCGGCCCUCCUGGACAUCCGGGGCCUGCGCAACACGGCCGCCCGCCACGAGAUCCUGGCGGUGGCCCGGGACCUGGAACUGUCUGAGGGGAAAGCCCUGUCACCCCCUCGGGACCGUGCCUUCUUCGCGGACAUCCCUGUGCCCCGCCCGCCUUUCUGCCUGGGCCUCCCUCUCUUCCUGGGCCGCCUCCCCCUCUCCCAGCUGGCCAGGCCCAGCUUGGCCUGUCUCCCCCGGCUUCGGCCUCCAUCUCCAUCACGGCCUCGGGCCCAAUGCUGAGACCUCCCAGCCCUCCGCCUCAGUGCCCCCCAUCUUUGCUGCUGACACACAGUCCUCCUGACUGCCUGCCUGGGGCCACGGACCCCCGAGAUGGAGAAACGCGCAGAGGUCUUCCCAGCUACCCCCCCAAACUCCCUGUGCAGAAGAAAAAACGGGCCAGAGGGUCAAGGACUUUGUCAAGGCCAGGACACUUGUUCCCAGCACCACCUCCCCAACGCAGUCUGCCGCGGGUGGCGUUGGAAGGCUCUACAGAAAUAUCCCAGGCCCCCCCCUUUCCCCUCACCUCAAGGUCUGGCCCCAAUCCAAUGUAUUAAGGAAUGUACGAUACUUAGAAUAAAGAGGUUUCUAUUUAACAGAA